AGUCCCCUGAGAGAGGAGCGUAUUGACAGUGCAAAGAUCACCAGAGGGGAGCGCCCAUCAUGGAAGAGGGCAAGCGGGGAAGCCAGGAGAAGCGGCACGGUUUUCCUUGAACCCUGGGAGACAAGAGGGCGUGAAGGAAGAGCUGACAGCUCUUCAAGCCCAGGCUGUUCCUCCUCGUCUUUCCCUUGAUGCAAAGGGCUGCCACAUUCCUGGAACUCGAGGUUCGCUGUGAGCUGUGGGAGCUGCCGAGGCACCUGCGGCCCGGGAGGAGCACCCUGCUGGCACGGAGGGGCCGCUUGUGUCCUUGAGGGGAGAGGGCCCUUCCCUCCCAGCGCCAUCCGUCCCGCCAGGGCCCCGAGCCCCUCUGGAGCAACCAUGGUCGAGGAGUACCACAACUUUUCAUCGCUGGAUGCCGAGGAAGAGGAGGGCAGAACCCCCGUCCAGAAAGCGCCCGCACUGCCUCUGCCGAGCCCCGUGUGGCGCCAGCGCCUCUGCCCCAGCCGCCGCCUGGUCCUGAUCCUGCUGGGAGCCAGCUUUGCGCUCCUCCUCGCGAUCAUCAUCAUCGGCGCCAGAGGCCAGAGCUCCAGCUCCCGCUCGCAGCAGAUGGGCAGAGCGCUCCGGGCCCUGAACUCCUCCGUGGCCGAGAAGAUGGGCGUCCUGCAGCAGAAGGAAGCCACGACGGACGCGAAGAGGACACAGACCGAGGAGCUGGUGAAGAAACUCACCGAGCACGUGGAAGCUGCCAGGACGCGCCUGCUGGCCCAGAUGCACGAGCUGCGGAGGAACAUGAGGAUCCUGAACUGCGACCUGGAGAACUUGAAGAAGAACCGGACAGCCGGGGCCGAGGCCUGCUGCCCCCGGGGCUGGGUGGCCUUCCGCCGAAGCUGCUACUGGCACUCCAAGGACAGGAAGACCUGGGAGGACGCCCGGGCCGAGUGCGAGGCCGUGGACGCGCACCUCGCCGUCAUCGAGUCGUACGAGGAGCACCGGUUCGUGGCGGAGCACGUGAGGCCGACGUCCACGUGGAUCGGCUUGACCGACAGCAGCGGGAGCUGGAAGUGGGUGGACGGGUCCUCCUUCUCCUUCGGCAAGGAGCAGUGGUGCCCGAAUCAGCCGGACAACUGGUACGGCCACGGCUUGGGCAGCGGGGAGGACUGCGCCCACCUCACCCAGGACAGCUGCUGGAACGACAGCCACUGCACUCGCACCUACGGCUGGGUGUGCGAGAUGGAGAUCAGGGACUAAGCCAGGGGGCCGGCGACCUACACACUCAGGCCGCCCUUGGGACCCGUUCCCCACAGAAGAAAAAAACACCAGGAGCCGCAAAGCCCCUUUGACAUCUCAGAUGAACACAACACUGCCUAUCCCGUUUUUCACCCUAAUGCCUUGUGUUGCAUUUCAUAAAUCCAACACAAACUAUAGUGUGUUGCGUGUAUGAAAUCAAUGAAUGAUUCUUAUAUAUAAUCUCCACCUGUGAACGGCUUCCCGUGCCUGACUAUUUCUGAGCGGCCACAAAACUUCGUAGCUCAUGUAGCUGGCUUUGCAGACUUCAUCCCCUUCUUGAGAUGAUUUUUGCUCAGAUCAACCUUCCGCAUCAGCUCCGAAAUGGCUUUUUCUCUCUCAUCUCCAUCUGGAUAUUUUUCAGCAAAGGCUGUGUGUUUAUUCUGGAAGAGUCUUGCA